AUGUUCGCCGACAUACAAAAGACUCCAACAUCAGAUGAAAAUAUUCAGCAUAGAAUGGAAGUACUGAAAGAAAAUGUACACAAAUACAACAACCCUUUUUACUUACGAGCAUAUAACGUUCAAUCUUCGGAUGAACUCGGUGAAAAUAAAAGGUUAAAUUUCAAGAAAACAUAUAGAAAUGAAACAUUGUUUAAAGUUCAUUCAGAACCUAACCAAGAUGGAAACAAACCUACUUUUGUUUCUGCAGACUAUGGAACUACAAUGAGAUGGGGUCAUAAAGCUAAUCCUGAUAGGUGGUUCAUAAACUUACAACCACAAUUCCAAGAAGUUGUAGACGCAAUGGAAGUGAAUGGUGAACCAGAUAUAGCUGGUAUUUUCAGCGCGGCUUUAAUGCCAUUGAAAGAUAUGAAAGAUGCAGAUAUUUUGAACCAGUAUGAAAUGAACAUGGCUGAUGGAAAUAUAACACCUGACGUUCUAGAACAUUUAUCUCAAAGAACUACACAGAACCAUAGAGAUGGUAUAUUUGGUGAAGAGUUUAGAAAGAAAGUUAGGGAGACAGAAGGAAGAGAACCUAUUGUACAUGACCUUGCAAACGAAAGUUUGCAAAAUGUCAUAAAAACUUACUUUGCAGACAAUGAACCGAGAAGGGAUGAAUAUUUAAGAAAACUCAAAUGGACAGUACCAAAUGAAAUGUUAGUAUUGAAAAACAUGUUCCUUGACAAAAUAAAACCAACUACAGAAAUAAAUGACGCAAGACUGAAACGUUGGGUAAAAGCUUUCCCAUUCACAAAAGAUAUUAUUGGUAACAUGGAAAGAAAACCAGAAUGGCUACAAAAACAUAUAUUUGGAAACGAGCUUAUUCCAUAUGGACAAGCUCUGUUUGAAGAGCUUGAACCUGAAACUCAGGAAAGAGUCAUACAAACAAUACGCGAAGACUCAAAUACAAACUAUGACAAACUCUUUCUAGGAUAUAGGUUACCUGAGAUGGGCGACCAGAGCCCAAAGGCAAAAAGGACAUGGGAAAUUUACAACAUACUAGGUGAACAUGAGGCAAAGAUGCAACAACUUGAAGCAGAGGGCAAGUUACCAAAAGCGACACCAAAGAAGAAGAGAAGAGUAGAACAAAGUGAAAGUAGUGAAGAACAAAGUGAAAGUAGUGGCAAUGAAGGAAAAAGAAGAGUUAAAAACUCAGUCAGGAAGAAAGUAAAGCUUGGUCCACGUGGGUUCUAUUAUGACAUAUAA